AAACUAUUAAAAAGAACACUUUUCAUCCUGCUUUAGGAACACCUCAAGAAUGAGUCCACCACAAGAUAGAAGUAGGAAUUCCUGCGGCAGCGAGACUCUGGCAAAGUGCCUUCAAGCCAGGAAAGACUUGGAGACGGCCAUUUCUGGAAUUGUCAAAGCUGAACAACAGAUUAAAGACAACUGGAGAGAGGUGAAAGCCAAGAUCCACAGCCACAUCAGCCGCCACCUGGAGUGCCUGCGCAGCCGCGAGGUCUGGCUCUUCGAGCAGGUCGAUCUCAUCCAGCAGCUCAAGGAGGAGGCCUUGCAGCAGCAAGCUCAGCAGCUCUACUGGUACUUGGGACAGUUCAAUUGCCUUAUCCAUCAGCUGGAACACUCCUACAGCAACGAACUAGCAAACCAGAUUUCAGUUUGCCUGGAGAGACUGGAAAGUCUUACUCUUAAACCAGAAGAGUCUUCUGUCCUCAACUUCGAGGCUGAUACAUCUUACCUUCGCCAGGCUAUUACCUCAUUUGGCUCCAUUAAAACCAUGCAAACCUCUGAGAGAGAGAAUACUUCUCCCUGGUUUCAUGGGCAGAAUUGCACCCUAAAGAACUGUGAACAGAAAACACUGUACGGGACCGUGGGUGCUUCACUGGCCGACUGGUUACUUGGAAGCAGAUCCGUGGGCGUUCGCCCGGCUCCCUAUGUCCCCAGCACCAACCUGGAGGACUGGGUGCUGCAGAAAUGCGUGUGGGACCCCAAGCAGGAUUUACAUUCGUCCAAAGUUUGUUAUCUGGAGCAAGCGUGGGGAAAUCUGAAAGAUUUGGAGCACUGGCUCCUGAAGAACCAACAGCACGAUGCUGCUCGGAAGGCGGAUUCCCAGGGCCGCAAGGACUCCACCUCGACCUCCAGCUCCACCUUUUCCAUUGAAAAGAUUGAGGAACUGGAAUCCUUUGGGCAGGAGGAGAUGGAUCUUUCUGACUGGCUGCUUACGCCUGAUACAGAAGAUGGAAAUAGUGCUUCGGAUGAGAAAUGGAAGAACGAGUUUAAACCUUUUAAGGAAGAAUUUAAUAUAAGUGAUUGGCUCCCUAAAGCCGAAACGUGUACCAGCUGUCGUGGCAGCCAGGCCAAAGGUGUGGAAAUCGAGAACCUGGGAAACCUGAAGUGCCUCAACGAGCAUCUUGACGGGAAGAAGUUGCCCACCGCGUCGGCUGUUAACGCGUGGCUUCUUCAACACCCGCCGGCCCCGUUUAAGGUGGAAGAGGUGUGCAAAGCUAACGAGCUGUGUGCCAGCCUGUCCGAGUGCGUGUGCGACGAAAACUGUGGGAAGGAGGCCCUCUGCCAGUGGCUCCUGAGGAAGGACGCGAAGGAUAAGAACGGGGUCCCGGUGAGCCAGAAGGCCCUUGGCAGCCCCGGGGAGGAGCCGCCCGCGCCCGCUGGCAGCCCCUGGCUUCACCCCUCGCAGCGGGGCGCAGAGGGACCCGUGUCCGCCGAGAAGGCGGAUUAUUCAGCAGAGGUAGCGGAGCCCCUGAAGGUGCUGCUCGAACGGCCGCUGGCGAGCUGGCUAGCCCAGCCUGAGCACAAAGCAGAACGUGCAGAAGAAAAGGCCAACAGCGAAAAGGCAGAUAACAGCUUCAAGAGCCCUUUCCUAGACCUCUUGGCUCCGUUCCACCUCCCCCUGAACGUAAACAGCUGGGUGCUGACGUCCAACAACCUAGAAAACACUGACCCGCCUCCCGUGGAAGAUAAAUGGCUCCUGCGCAAGAAAGCACAAGACUUCGGUCUUCCUACAGUUUGUGACCUUUUUGCCUGUAUGAAACUGAGUGGAGAUCAAGACAAAUGGCUGUACCAGACUCCCUUGCAGAUGUGAAGAAUCAGAAGCGUUGGAAUUGUCCCAUUCCUGAUGAUUAUCGCGCAUCCAUGCUGAGUGACUGCAGCCAGAUGAAUUCUUGUGUUUGUGUUUGGACGUCUGCUUUUUCUUCCAAAAUUAUAACAAAAAGCAAAAAUAUUCAUAUGACAGAGUUAUGGUGCAGAAAAAUGCCUUUUUGUUAUGAUUAAUUCUGAAAUGUAGACCCACAGAGCAUAAGCAAACUGACACAAUGGAGGUGUUUGUAAAUUCCUGUCUGUUAUGGGACUGUGUGAAUCCCCUCUAUUGGGUUGCCACUUGAAAGCCAGUGCAGGUGUAACGCGAAAUGUCUGGUGCUGCGAAACGUCCACCUUUGGCGUUGAUUUACGAGUGUUGUUCUCUCAGCUGCUACAACUUUGUCGUGAGUUGGGGUCCGGCUUACUGGGGUGGUAAGGUGGCUUCGGCU